AAUAAUAACCUCGCUGCCAAACGAACCUCAACAAUCCCUGUUUCAACACGAUUUUUGAAGCAGCGACGACUGGAAAAAAAAUCCAAAACGACAAGUCAGUGUUACACAGCGAAGAGUUAGAGAGAGAAAGAGAGCGAGCGAGUAGAGAGAGAAUGGCGUGGAGCGCCGCCGCCCGAUCCUUCCUUACGCCACCGAUCGACAUGGGCGCAGUGCGCAACCGGGCUCCUUUCGCCGCCGGCAUAGGCUGCGUAUCGCUUGCCGGCUCGAGCUUGUGGCGGUCUUCUUCUUCCUCUCUGCCAUCGAAGCCGUUUGCUUGUUUGUCCAUUUCAACUGAUGCCAGAAUAAAGGAGGCUGUUCAAACAGACAAGGCUCCGGCCGCACUAGGACCAUAUUCUCAGGCCAUCAAAGCAAAUAAUCUUCUAUUUAUGUCUGGUGUUCUUGGUCUUGUUCCAGAGACUGGAAAGUUCGUCUCGGAUAGUGUUGAGGACCAAACAGAGCAGGUUCUCAAGAACAUGGGGGAGAUACUGAAAGCCAGUGGUGCCAGCUAUUCCUCAGUGGUUAAGACAACGAUCAUGUUGGCUGAUUUGCAAGACUUCAAGAAAGUGAAUGAAAUAUAUGCUAAAUACUUUCCAUCGCCUGCUCCAGCUCGUUCAACAUACCAAGUGGCAGCUCUACCUCUGAAUGCAAGAAUUGAAAUCGAGUGCAUUGCAGCACUCUGAUGCCUUUACCGUUGGGGGGGUCCAACUACCAGAAGUAGUGAUCUUAAUAAGGUGGGAGGUGGCUUCUUCGGGUGUUCAGCUUAUUUGAAGUUUUUUUAGUAUUUAUCGUUAGUUGUUACCGUGAUGGAAGGUUUUGAUGUUUAAAACUGAUUGAAGAAUGCGUAGUUGUUUAAUGUUCUUGUUAUUAAAGUUGUGCCUCGUCUUGUGAGGUUUGAGGAAUUAAAUCGUACUUAGUCAUGGCAGUUGCACUUGAUUUGAAUCUGAAUCUAAUGAGAUAGUUGU